AUGGGAAUACCGUUCUCAAGACAGAUCAAUGCCGCCUUCGACGAGGUCAGCCCGCUCGUCGCGUCAGGCUUCCAGGUCCUACAGACAAUCAAGAACAUCGCAAUAAUACUCGCUGUAAUUCAAGUCUUAACGGUCUUAUUCAUUGCGCUGAUACUAGGGGUGCUUGUGGCCCUACUCGUUUCAAUCAACCCAGACCUGGAGUCGGAACGCCAGGCUAUCGUGACACCGUAUGUGAAG